AUGACCUAUUGUACGCCAUACCUUCUACAGCUUGGUUUGACCAAGUCCAAGACUUCGUUGGUGUGGAUUGCUGGCCCUCUAUCCGGGUUGAUCAUCCAGCCUCUUAUUGGUGUUAUUGCCGAUCGGUCACGGUCGAAAUGGGGUCGCCGGAGACCUUUCAUGGUCUUUGGAUCUUUUGUUGUGGCUUUUUGUCUGUUCAUCUUGGGAUGGACGGCGGAGAUUGUUGGGUUGUUCGUUAAGGAUCCUGAGAAGGCGAAGAAUGGCACAAUUGCCUUGGCCAUCAUCAGUAUCUACGCGGUGGAUUUCUCCAUCAAUGUUGUCCAGGCGUGUUGUCGCAGUUUGAUUGUGGAUACGCUACCGAUUCCAUUGCAGCAAACCGGAUCCGCAUGGGCCGGGAGAAUGUGCGCCAUUGGCCAACUCUUUGCUUAUGUGGUGGGCUCCAUUGACACUGUCAGUAUAUUUGGCAGUCUACUUGGAGAUACGCAGUUUAAGCAGAUGACCGUCAUCGCCGCUUUGUCGUUGGUGGGCGCCGUCGCUGUCACUUCUUAUUCGGUGAAAGAGCGUGUUCUUAUCUCAACGAGGGAUGGUGAUGGAAAGGCUGGUGCUUUCCAGGUCCUUUCCCAGUUGUUCAAGACAACUUUCGAACUGCCGCCUCGUAUUCAAGCGAUUUGCUGGGCCCAAUUCUGGGCGUGGAUUGGCUGGUUCCCUUUCCUCUUCUACAGCACAACUUGGGUUGGCGAGACCUACUUCCGCUACGAAGUCCCCAAAGACGAUAUGGCCAAGGCAACCGAUAUGCUCGGCGAGGUCGGCCGUGUAGGCAGUCUGUCAUUGACUGUCUUCUCAUCCAUCACCUUCUUGAGCUCCGUCCUUUUACCAUUCUGUAUCCAGCCGCCAGAUACUAAGCGGACACGAUUUACCCCACGACCUCCACCGGGCAUUGCAGCUGCUCUCAAAGCCGUGACUGCAUUCCGACCCGAUCUCCAAACAGCCUGGUUAAUCUCACAGAUCAUGUUUGCUGCAACAAUGAUCUUCGCUCCUCUGGCCCAUUCCCGAGCAUUCGCAACCUUCCUAGUAGCUGUGUGCGGUAUUCCGUGGGCGAUUAGUGGCUGGGCUCCCUUCGCGUUUAUGGGCGUGGAGAUUAACAAACUGACAAUGGGCGGCGCAGCCGCAAUGCCGAACUCACAUUCCGGCGUGACGAUGAUCACCUCAGCCAGUCUACGCGCCAGCUCCGCUGCCGACACGGAGCUGGACGUGCUCAGACUAAACCACCGCGACUCAUUCGACAGCGAUACCGACGAGGAAGACCCAUCCUCCAACACGCCAUCAACAGGCGAACUGGCUGGUAUCUACCUGGGCGUGCUCAACGUGUACACAACGCUCCCCCAAUUCGUCGGCACGAUGAUCAGUUGGGUCGUUUUCAGCAUCCUCGAGCCUGGCCCCGAGCCCGCAACAGACAACACCUCCGAUACACAGUGGAUGAACCUAGACAAAGACAGGCCCAACGCCAUCGCCAUCUGCCUCUUCAUUGGUGCGAUCAGUGCACUGGUAGCCGCCGAGGCCACACGACGACUGCGGUACAUACUAUGA